UCGAAUUAUCCCAGAGUUCAUUUGAUUUGGGUGUGCAGUGGUAGACAGGAGCAGGAGUAUACUAACUAUAUUAUCAAGCUUCAGACCUAGAUAUAAUUCAAUAGAACUCAUUCAAUUACUUCAGCUAACAAUCUUAUAGUGAGAUUUAUUCAGCAGAUAAUUUUAUAAAGGAUUUAAUAACUGGGUGCAGUGCGGCCUGCUUUCAUAUUCUCGGCCUUACAGGCUUCAGGGACUAGUUCUCCUCGUCCUUCUCCUGUUGUUGUUGUUGUUGUUGAUGAUGGAGUACUCCUACCUGCAACAGCCUGGGUUUGAUACCGGCUGCAAUAUAACCGGCAUGCCGGUCACAGAGCCAAGUAACUUUUACAGUGAUUUGACUUCCUGCGGUCAGAUGAUGUCCGCUGCCGGUCAAUAUUACAGAAGCAGCGCAGCAGCUGCUGCUCAGAUGCGUAGCGUUUAUAAUCCAGCAGGUAUGCCACCCAGUGGAGGACAGUACAGUGUAAUGGGACGUCAUCAAGAUCCAAGGAGCUCUAUGUUUGGAUCCUCUAUCAAUCUUAAUGGGCUCCCCUACAAGAUGUAUCCAGGCCAUGAUGGAGUUCUCACUGAAAAGAGGAAGCAGAGAAGAAUAAGAACAACAUUUACUUCAGCUCAGCUUAAAGAGCUUGAGAGGGCAUUCCAGGAAACACAUUACCCGGAUAUAUAUACAAGAGAGGAGAUUGCAAUGAAGAUUGAUCUAACUGAAGCUCGAGUUCAGGUUUGGUUUCAGAACAGGAGAGCAAAGUUCAGGAAAACUGAAAGAUUGAACCAACAGAAAGGUUCCCAGGAUGGAAACGGAAACAAUAACAACCGUGGAGGUAGCCCCACAAAUAUAAAGUCUGAAGGGGGCCGAGGGAGCCCCUGUGAAAGGGGAGGAGAGGGAAAGGAUGGAAGGACUCCCUCUCCUAUAGGAGAAGCAGCUAUAUCCCCCUGUCCAAGGAGUCCGCAUAAUAAUGGUUUAAUGAAAGAUGACCGCAACAAAUGGUCUCCCCUUGCUACAGUAAACUCUGCCCCACUCGGUAGCCUGCCUCCCCAGCCCCCCUCCCCAAGCAAACACUUGGCUCCGCCCCCCAUGUCUGGUCACUACACAAGCAACCACGGAGCCUACCAUCCCUCCGGGAGCUUCUCCUCCCCCCUGACCGCCCUCCUGGGGACCGGGUCCCACUACCUCUUCAACUCAGAGUCCAAGGGUCCUACAGUCCAGAUUUUCUAGUCCGUCAAACAUAGAGGUUGAGGAACCCGUCCUCUUUAGAUAAACAUAUAUUUGUUCUACCCCCCCUACCCCCACCCUGAAUCCUUUCAUAGAUUAUAACCUAAAUUAGAUGUGUACAAAACCCCCAUAUUUCCUUUUCAUGUAUGUACCGUGUACAUUGGGUCCAGUAUUGUGUACAUAAAACGGAGAAAAAUUGUUUAUAACCUUGUACAACUGAAUUUUACAGAAUAAUUCAUUAUUUACUAUGUUGACCUUGCCAUUUGUAAAUAUGUUUAUUUGCA